GGAAACUAAACCUGAUUCAUCUGAGUAAUGUGAAACAUGAUGCGCUGCCGGUUGAGCGCUGCUGGAAUGAACCGACUGAAGGAGGCUUUUAAGGGACUCACCUGUGGAUUUACGCCUUCAGGAUGCCUUAUGUGACCAAACCUCUGAUUUUACUCCUGUGUCUGCUCGUUACCGGGGAAUGCAGGAAGCACGGACACAGGGUGAAGAGAUGGACCGGGACCGUGGAGACCCAAAAGCACGGCACCUCGUUGGCGAAGAAGCCUCCAGAUGUGACCAAGUCUCGCAAGAUGAAGACGGAGCAGCUGCUCCAAGUGGACGAUCAUGACUUCACCAUGAGGCCGGCGUUUGGAGGUCCUGCGAUCCCUGUUGGAGUGGAUGUUCAGGUGGAGAGCUUGGACAGUAUCUCUGAGGUCGACAUGGACUUCACCAUGACCCUGUACCUGCGGCACUACUGGAAGGACGAGCGCCUGUCGUUCACCAGCAGCACCAAUAAGAGCAUGACGUUUGACGGACGCCUGGUGAAGAAGAUCUGGGUCCCCGAUGUUUUCUUCGUCCACUCCAAGAGGUCUUUCAUCCACGACACCACGACUGACAACAUCAUGCUGCGAGUGUUCCCUGAUGGACACGUCCUGUACAGCCUGAGAGUGACGGUGACAGCCGCCUGUAACAUGGACUUCAGCCGCUUCCCGCUGGACUCUCAGACGUGUUCGCUGGAGCUGGAGAGCUACGCCUACACUGAUGAAGACCUGAUGCUGUACUGGAAGAGCGGAGACGAGUCCCUCAGCACCGACGAUCGCAUCUCUCUGUCUCAGUUUCUCAUCCAGAAGUUCCACACGACCUCUCGCUUGGCAUUCUACAGCAGCACAGGCUGGUACAAUCGUCUCUACAUCAACUUCACGUUGCGGCGCCACAUCUUCUUCUUCCUGCUGCAGACGUAUUUCCCCGCCACCCUCAUGGUGAUGCUUUCCUGGGUGUCGUUCUGGAUCGACCGGCGGGCGGUGCCGGCCAGAGUCUCCCUGGGCAUCACCACCGUGCUGACCAUGUCCACCAUCAUCACCGGAGUGAACGCGUCCAUGCCUCGGGUGUCCUACAUCAAAGCUGUGGACAUCUACCUAUGGGUCAGCUUCGUCUUUGUCUUCUUGUCUGUGUUGGAGUACGCCGCCGUCAACUACCUGUCCACUGUGCAGGACCGGCGGGAGCGCAAGAGGAGAGAGCGGGCCCGGUCUCAGUCCCUGCCCUGCACCUGCGGGAUCUCCCAAACCAGGACCAUGACCAUGUUGGACGGUUCGUACAGCGAGGCCGACACCAACAGCCUGGCCGGCUACACCGAGGAGCCGAUGCACGAGGAGGAGCAGGAGGAGCUGCACGAGGUUCCUGAGAAACCUGAACACAUGGUGGUCCACCUCUCGGUGAGCAGCGAGUCCACCAACACCAAGAAGAAGAAGAGCCUGCGAGGGCUCAACAUCAUCCAGAACACUCACGCUAUUGACAAAUACUCCCGGAUGAUUUUCCCCGGGUCAUACAUCUUUUUCAACCUGAUCUACUGGUCUGUGUACUGCUGAGAGACCGCCUGAGUCAGCACUGUGGACACAGACAUUUCUACUCUGACUGUUUUUAUGCUGCAUCAACGUGGGACUUCUGAAGACUGCUGUUUGUCUGGGGACGAGAUAUCAUGGGGGUGAAGGCCGUGGAUGGCAGCAGAGACUAAAAGUUCAGCUUUGGGCCAACAGAAAUUCAAAGAAGAGCUCUUUUUUUGUUUGUUUCUUUGUCCUCAUGCAGCAAUUUGAAUGUUCCUUAGCAUACUGAGCUAAAACAAAACAGAUCAUUUGAAUGAGGUUUCUGAUCUACUGAUGCUCGUCAUCUCGGUCGCUCUCAGCUUCAGAAACUGCAGGAGGGAAGAUCUGUUUCUGGAGAGUUUGGAGGGAAAGGAUCUUUGUUUCAUGGGAAUAAAACUACCAUCGGAUGA